AUGGAUGCCACCACUGGAAUCAACAUCGCCAAGGUUGUCGGCCCCAGCGUCUCAAUAGCAACAGCAGGAGCCAUCCUCUCAAUCUCCGCCCUCUACACACCCCUACUCUCUAACUCCGCCCGCUCUCAAUCCUCUUCAAAGCCUUCUCCUACAGUAACACUGCCUUCCAUCCGCUUCAUUUUCUCCCGCGGCAGCCAUUUCUUCCCCCAAGCCGCCACAUUCGCAGCCGCCAAUUUUGGCUAUCUGGCCUACUACUCUGCCAACACUGCUGUGAAAGUGCUAGGCAUGGAGAUGGGAACAAGAACAGGCUUUGUGGCGGCAGCAGUGUUGAGUAUAGCUAUUGGACCUAUCACUGGGCUUAUGUUGCCGGUGUGCAAUAAUCCACUUAGAGAAAUGGCGGAACUUGAGAGGCAAGGGAGAGGGGAUGAGGUUGAUGAGGGGGAGUUGAAGAAGAUGGUCAAGAGGUUUGAAUGGUUGAAUUAUGUGAGGGGGGCUGCUAUCUUGGCUGGUGGUGUUUUGGGGCUUGCUGUUGUUAUUGCGGAGGGGAAGUGAAGGGGUCUUGAUGGCAGUGGAGUCUUGUCGAGCAUUCAGUGUCAUCGGGCAUUGUUUGGCGUUACUUGCUAGCUACAACCACUUCUUCUUCUUCUACUACACAUCAC